UUGAAGAAGUCGUCGGUCAAUAGGCCCAUGUUGUGGUUAUUAGGACUAUCACAGCCUAUUUUUUUUCUUCUUGAGGUGAAUAUGUAGUAAUGAUUUUCCUAAUUUGAAGUGAGACCUUCACCGGUGUUAUCCAUACAAGGGAGGACAGCUUUUCAAAACAACCUGAGCGAUCAUCUUCCUAGAUCCACCCUACUUUCUUGCCCUGUCAGACAAACGUUUCCCCCCUGGACGUCGUCGGCCCAACAUGAAUGUGGCAGCAGUUUUUGUUUGGUUCGGCCUGGUGGUCACUAAAGCCAUUUGUACUCGGGAAGAGUACCGACUGGUGUGCUAUGUGAACAGCAGGACCCAGCACCAUCCUGACAUGCCUGCUUUCAGCCUGGACAUGGCUGACCCGUUCCUCUGCACCCAUAUCAUCAUGGCCUACAUGAACCUGGACCAGGACUAUCACAUCACACCCUUCACACAGGAGGACAGGACCCUCUGCAGCUCCAUCAACAUGCUCAAAGAGAGGAACCCAGAUCUGAAAACUCUGCUUUCUGUUGGGGGAUGGAACUUUACUGACACCAGGCUCCUAAAGAUGUCCUCUGACAACACCACGAGGAAGACGUUUGUCCAGUCUGCUCUGAAACACCUGAGGCAGGAGGGCUUUGAUGGACUGGAUGUGGUGUGGCAACCUCCCUCUGCUUCUAAUGGAGCACAGGGGGGAAAACAUCUAUUUACUCAUCUGCUCAAGGAGCUGCGUGGAGGAAUUCAGGAGGAGGCUCGUGUCUCAGGGAUUGAGACUCUGCUCCUCACCACAGCAGUGUCGGGCCUGGUGGACUAUGCCAGAGAGGCCUACGAUGCACAGUCCUUUCCCCAGUAUGUUGACUUCAUCUCCUUGGUGACCGCUGACCUCCAUGGGCCACUGGAGGGAAUGUCAGGUCACAUCAGUCCAUUGUUCAGCCUGAAGCAUCCAGCUAUGGACACAUCUCAGAGAGAAAACCAAGUGCAGUACUGGCUCUCUCAGGGAGUGGUUUCCCAGAAGCUGACUCUGGGGUUCCCUGCUUACUCACCUGUAACCCAGAUCCUGGGGAACGAGAUAAAUUAUGACAAGGAAGAUACAGAGCUACAAGAGGAUGCAGCGGAAUAUACUGAGACUGAUACCGCUGUACGUGUUAUGGCUUACUAUGAGGUGUGUCAGUUCCUCAGAAUUGGGGCGGUGGUGAAGUUUGAUAAGAGGGAGAAGCUGAUCCAGGCACAUGAAUAUGAUCACUGGCUUAACUUUGAAUAUAUACAUAUCCUGAGGGAGAAGAUGAGAGCGCUGCAGCGUCAGGAGCUGGGUGGAGCCAUGGUGUGGUCUCUGGAUCUUGACGACUUCACAGGGACGCUGUGUGGCAAAGGUAGCUUCCCGUUCACCAGGCUGCUCAAAGCAUCUCUUCUCAGGGAUAAGGGGCCACGACAUCAUAAACGACGCCACCAUUAUCACCAUCGCCAUCCACAUCGUCAUGGGGGUUUCCUUUCCCAUGACAGCCAUCACCCAGGUUACCAUGUCCAUUGUCACCGUCACCUUGACCGCCACAACACUUAAUCACACAGUGGAGUGUGACUGUAACCUAACUCACUACACACUGGCAAGACUCAUACAUCCCAUCCCUGCAUGAAGAUAUUAGAUUAUUAUAAUUAUUUUUUAUAUGGUAGAUUGGGUUGGACUGUUUUUUGGCUCUGUUUAGUGAUUUCAAGCAUGGUAUGGCAGAGAUGUGGCUUUAGAUUUAGCUUCAUAACUUGUACUCUGGCCUCUGGUGGAAUACUAUGCAUUAAUAGUUU